AUGUCGACGUUGAAGGACGACGUUGAAGGCGAAACUCGUCGCACAGAAACGGUACAAAUAGAGGACGCCCUCCAUCAGCGGAUUGGACACGAGCUGGAUGCCUACGAAAGUCGUCCAGUCGACUUCUGGACAGUCAUGGCAUGCGUGGCUCUCGCAUUCACCUACGAAGCAUGCCUAUUCUCGUUUGUUCUCCCAGCCGCAAUUUUACUGACAAUAAAUGCCGACAUUGGGCCGUCCACCUCGAUUACGUGGACCGCUACUGCAUGGUCUCUAGCCGCCGCGGUAGUCACAACCGUUGCAGGCCGGUUUUCAGACUUAUUGGGGCGUAGGAACUUCUUUAUCAUAGGCAACGUCUUGGGACUUGUUGGUUGCAUUGUUGCCUCUCGUGCUAUGGCAGUCGGCACUGUCAUAACAGGAUCUACCCUGAUGGGAGUUGGCGCAGGAUUACAACAGUUGGCUUUCGCGGCUUCAAACGAGAUCGUGCCCAAGAAAUGGCGAGGUACCGUUGUUGCAUUUCUCAAUCUAGCAGCAGUUCCUGGCUCGGCCUUCGGCUCAGUUAUAGCAUAUGCACUUGUGGCUAAUCUAAAUUGGCGCUGGGCAUUCUAUUUGGGUGCCAUUGCCAACGGACUCGGUCUGACGCUGAUCAUUGUCUUUUACUGGCCUCCGACCUUCCUUGACAUCCAUCGAGAUGGCAAAACCCGCCUACAGCAGAUCAGGGAGAUGGAUUUUGUUGGACUGUUCUUCUACGGUGGUGGUUUGACGAGCUUUCUGCUAGGUGUUUCAUGGGGAGGCAAUCCACACUCAUGGACAAGCGCGCCAGUUCUUGCGCCGCUCAUCAUCGGUGCUAUUGCUGUUACGGUUGCCUUUCCUAUAUGGGAGAUAUACAGCUCUGAAAAGAUUGCCAAGCUAUGUCCUCCUGAUAUGUUCCGAAAUAUUCGAGGAUUCACCGUCCCGCUUUCUGUUUGUUUCUUGGGUGGUAUGAUGUUCAUGGGCCUUCAAGUUCUUUGGCCUCAAGAGGUCCAACUUCUUUUUACAUCUAUUCCGCGACAGGUCGGCUGGUACAGUCUUUCUUACAAUGCAUCAGCACUCCUCGGAGGCGUGAUUGUCGGUAGCCUUUUCGCCGUGAUCAAAAGAACAAAUAUUCAAUGGCUGGUGGUUAUUGUUAUCCAAACCGUCUUUAUAAGCGCCAUGUCUACCGUCACUCAGCACACACCUGCUCGAGCGAUCGUAUUUGUAGCUCUUGCUUCCUUUGCUGUGGGCGCGCAGCAGGUGGUCGGCCUGCUCACCAUCCAGUUUGGAGCCCAAGAUCAUCAGAUCGGUGUUGCUACAGGGCUGGCGGGAUCUGUUCGAGCGACAGGUGGUGCUAUCGCUAUUGCAAUUUAUAGCAGUGUUCUCAACUCUAGGGUUACUCAAAACCUUCCUAUCAAGGUUGCUGCUGUUGUCAUUCAAGCAGGACUUCCUCCCGCGAUGGUACAACCAUUCAUUGUGGCAUUAGCAUCCGGCCAGGUUGCCUCCCUGGCAACAAUUGAAGGAGCCACGCCAGUCAUCAUUGCCGCCGGCGUCGAUGCACUGCGAGGUGUUUACGCUGAUGGUUUUCGAACGAUCUUCCUUGUGAGCAUUGCUUUUGGCGUCCUCGCGUGCCUCGCUGCUGCAUUUGUUUCCAGUGUCGACCACAAAUUGACAAAGUAUGUCAUUCCAGAGGAAGCUGCGUUUGAUCAUGAUGGAAACUUACUUUUGUCUAGACAAACCGUCGUAAAUGUACACAAACCACAUUUCACUGGACAGGGAACAGACGACACCAUCCCAGAAAAGCUGGCAGAUGAUGGCAAUAUUGCACAUCAUUCAUAA